UACAUGCUGAAGAGAGUCCAGGAGAGCACAGAGCACCAUGCAGCUGCUUCUGCUGACUGUGGGCCUGACUCUACUCUCUGUAGCACCAGCAGAUGAAAGGGAUUUAAUGAUUCCUGCUGCUGCCUACAGGGCCAGCUUAUUUCCUGCCACUGUUGACAAGCUUCUAGGAAAGUGGUAUAUAACUCGCUGGGCUGGAAACAUGCCUAUUCCUGCAAAGAAGAAAACCAGCCCUCUGCCACCCUUCACGCUUAUCAUUAAUGCUAUUGGGAAGUUGGAGUUCAGGAUGAAGAUCAUGAAGCCCAUUGGAUGUGUUUUGUUCAAGCAGUACCUGGAUGACUUCCCAAAGCACCCUGGUUUGUUUCAAGCCUGGUCAAAGCACUACAUUGGCAUCUAUUUCCUGAUCACAGAGCAGUUCGCCAUAGCCUACUACAAGGAUAACUUUAAACAUCCCACUUACAUAAUGACAAUGCUCAUGGGUCGUUCUCUGAUUCCGAACCCACAAUCUGUGAGGUUGUAUGAAAGAUAUGUGGUGAACACAGGGCUGAACAGAACAGACAUCUUCAGCCCUCUCUGUGAUGGUGACUUGGGAAAUUCCAUUGAAUCUACCAACUCUUUGUUCUUUAGUUCCUCUCCACCUUGUUCCAAUUUGGGCUUCCUCAUGACAACAGGUCCAAAGAAAACAGUGCAAUCAAUUCACAGUGUGGAUGGAGCCUUUGGUCAGGUGGGGGUGUCUGGCACCCAGUAUAGGAUAAAUGUGCUUCUCAGAGGCCAGGUAGACAGAAGCACCAUUGCAAACAUGCUGCUGUUCCUGCUGACCAUAGGCCUGACUCUGACAGCUGUCAAAGGCCUCUUUAACGAGCCGAAGUGUGCCACAAUAGACAAGCUUUUAGGAAACUGGUACAUAGUUCGCUGGGCAGGAAACCUUCCCCUCCCAGAAUCAAAGCUGAGAUGUCCACUGCCACCAUUUGUAUUGGCCAAAAACAGAAUUGGCUACUUGGAGUUCAGGAUGAACAUCUCGAAACCCAUUGGGUGUGUUGAGUUCAAGAUGGCCAUGAAUGAAGCAAAAGAUAAACCUUGCUACUUCACUCUCUGGAUGUGGCACUAUGUCAUCAUACAGUUUAUUGGAGGAGAGAACUUCGCUUUAGCCCACAUAAAGAGCAGCAUCAAUGAUGUUGUACAGUUGAUGGCAAUGCUCAUGGGUCGCCGUAAUCACUUUGCAGACUCAACAUUACUGCUGGAUUUUGAAACACUCGUUGUCGGCAUAGGCCUGAACAAAACAAGCAUAAUCAACCCUCCUUAUGAUGAUUCCUGUGAACUGAACAAAGAAUCCUAGUGCACAUAUAAAUACCUGCGCUGUGACCUUUCUCUCUCUGCAGCAGAAGACAGAACGCCUGGUGCCAAGAGAGGACAGGGCACUCCCACCUCU